GCGAGCAGUAGGCAGAAAGAGAGAGGCGAGCGGACGAAGGAGAAGACAAAGGAGAAGCCGAGGCAGUGCUUGCUCUGCUCUGGAUUAACCCUUUCUUCUUACUAAAUGUUGCUUUUUGUGGAUUUCUGUCUUUUAUACGUUCUCCAUCAUCCCUUUGCUCAGCUGUGGUACACUGUCUCUCUCUCUCACACACACACAGUUUUUUUUCCCAGAGGAUCAACUACUGGUGUGUAUGAAUGGAGUCCUGGAGGAAUGAUCAUGGAUGGAUGGAAGUAGAAGGGAGGAGUGUGUCUGCUUUUCCCAUGGAGAUUGUGUCGUUUUCUCUCCUCCUUCUGCUGGCUGCGCAGCCUCUUUCCCCUUGCUUUCUUUUGUAUUAGCGCCCCCUCCCUUACUCCCUCCUUUCUUUCUUCCCUCCCUUGGCUGUACAGGCUUUUGUCUCUCUGACAGGGAUCCAGGCUUGUCUUUUUGCCGCUCUUCCUACCCUACCCCCUUUGACCGACUCAAAAAGUACCGUUCCCUCUUUUCUUGUGCUUCUGCGAAAGCUUAAACCAAAUGAGUCUGAUGCCGAGCUAAGGCAUCAGGCUAGGCUAACUGCUAGCCACUGGAGUGGUUUAGACCCCUCAGCUUGUCACUGCGAAGUGUGCGUUUCUUGUGCGUUUGUGUGAGUGUAUGAAUUUAGACGUCAUGGCAGAAGCAUUGGCUCACACUUGACCAGUCAUUCCAUCGUGCAUUUGGUGUGACCUGAGGAGGGAGGAAGGCAACAGUAGAAGGGAAAGGUGUGUAUGCAGAGUUGGAAGUAAUCCCCCCUCCAUUCUUACUCAUGGCUCAACGUGCUCUCCUGAUGACAUGACCAUGAGAAAGUCUGGUCAACCUGGGACUGGAAUAUUCCUUAUUUUACAACAUGGUGAUUGUUAAAGUCAAAUUGUUACCACAAAAGCUCCAGAAUGGAAUUUACGUGAGGAACUGGGAACUUGCAGCCUUGGGUCAACCAUUUGGCCCAAAUAUUCAUAAGUUUGCUUGUGGAAAAAACUAUUUUGACUUAGUGUUGUGGAUAGAUUUACUAUCUGUCUGCCACCCAGCGUGGCAAGAAUGAAGAAGACAAGCAGCCGCACACUCAGGCGAGCAUGGCCCAGCUCUGAACUGUUAGAGCGCCUGCUGCCACCAGCAUCCUCUGCAGAGCCUCACAGGAGCCGACGCUCUCGCAGUGAGAAGGACUACAGAAUCCACAAACACAGCAAGAGGAGCCACUACCCUCCACAGUAUCUGUGUCAGAGUCCACCUGCUUACAUACACACAGGUGAUGUGUCACCCAUCAGCAUGUCCCCCAUCAGCCAAUCGCAGUUCAUCCCUUUGGGAGAGGUAUUGCUAUUGGCUAUCUCUGCUAUGAACUCCGCCCACAAGCCUGUCACUCAGGAGGCCCUAACUGAACACCUGCAGACAUGUUUUCCAGGUGUUCCCACACCAACGGAGGAGGUUCUGCACCACACACUGGGCAUGCUGGUCCGUGAGCGGAAGAUCUACCCAACACCAGACGGAUAUUUUAUUGUAACCCCUCAGACUUACUUCAUCACUCCGAGCCUAAUCCGAACUAGCUCCAAGUGGUAUCACUUAGAUGAGCGAUCGGCUGACCGUCACCAACAGCAGCAACAUCAGAACCAACAGCAGCAUCAGCAGACACAGUGCACCUCCCCUCUCUCUGGCACCAUCACCCCGUCCACCUCCGGAGCCGUGAGAGAACGAACACACCCGAAGUCCAGCCAAAACCACAGCGGGGGAGGCGGAGGAGGUGGGGAUUCUUUUUACAACAACAGUUACCGUGGAGACGAUCCCCCUAGCCACCACACCACCCUGCAGCGUCGAUCUCCCAAAGACCACCGGGAGACUUACUCAUCCCCCCACUCCCCACAAACACCUCCUCAGCAAGCAGGAGGCAACACAGAAAAGAGUCGCAGCACCCUUGGGUUCCCCUUCAAGACGGAUACGCUCACCAAGCACCGAGGUGGGGGAGGUGGGGGAGGAGGAGGAGGAGGAGGAGGGGGAGGAGGAGGAGGAGGAACUGGAGAGAUAGAGAAACAAACAGGUGGAGGAAGUGGUACAGGAAGUCGGAAAUUUGGUUUGAAGCUGUUCCGCCUGAGCUUUAAGAAGGACAAGGCCAAGCAGCUGGCCACCUUCUCCGCACAGUUCCCCCCUGAGGAGUGGCCGCUCCGUGAUGAGGAGGCACCUAGCCAGCUGCCACGCCAUGUAGAGAUGGAGAUCAUCCGGAGAAUCAACCCUGACCUCACUGUGGAGAACCUCGCCCGGCACACAGCUGUCAUGAAGCGCCUCGAAGAAGAGCGUGCUCAGAGGAGUAAAGCGUCAUCAGCCAAUCAGAGCUCCAGGAGUAGGAGAAGUGGGGGUAGACACAGGAAGCAGUCUCAAACCAAACUCAGCCGCUCACAUAGCAAGACGAGGGCGUCCCGCGGUGAGCCAAGUGACAGUUCUCACCUAGAGCUUGCGGACAGGGACUACAGAGCCUACUCAUCCUCACUGGCCCGGUCACCGAGGGAACACGCCCUGGCCAUGGAGCGGCAACGGGCCCGCCUUCACCUGGCACACAGCAAUCCCAACAUCCUCGACUCUUCCCACCUGCCUGUGACGCCAGAGUGGGAUGUGUCUGGAGAGCUCGCCAAGCGGCGCACAGAAAUGCCUUUCCCUGAGCCAAGCCAUGGCCCCUCAGCCCACCACUCCAAAGUCCACCGCUCACACUCCCACACCCAGGAGAGGAAGUCCAGAAAUGAACGCAGUGACAAGGCCAAGGAACGCUCCAGAUCCAUGGACAAUUCUAAAGGACCUCUUGGAGCGGGUUUGAUCGGACCACCUGAUUAUUAUGACGAUCGGAGCCGUUACUAUACUGACGAUGGCACCUUGCGAGCCAAUCAGAGCUCUUCUCACUACUCUCGUGCCACGCCCCCCUCAGCUAAGCUGCCUGUGGAUUCUCUGGGGUUGGAUGGUGGCAGGAGUUUAGAGAAAAGUAAGAGCAGGGACAGCCUGCCAGCAUACUCACCCAAACUACUGCCCACCGCCAUCCCUCCUGAUGAUUACUUCCAGUGUGCCGGUUCCUCUGAGGCUGCUCUCACAGCAGCAAAACCGCUGGGAACUCUGGGCAAAAGUAGCCAUGAUGGAUUAAAACUGGGCAGCACUGACAGGCAAACGGACAGACAGACUCCCCAUACUAUAGAAAAUAAGGAGGACUUGUCAAAGGUGGGACCUAAGGGUGGCAGCUUGCCUCCAAUACCCCUCUCUAUCCCUGACCCUCCACUACCUAAUGGACGACCUCCCCACAGUGCCUCCUCUGGUCAGGAGAAACGUAAGGAGAUCUUUAGUAAAGACACACUCUUCAAACCUCCUCCCAGCCUCCCUUUGCCCGGCUACAGCUCCCUGAGAAAACCCCCAGCCCUCACCUCCUCUACUCUGUCCUCGUCCUGCGAUGCACUUGAUUCCCAGGAGGCCUUUGAUGCUCCCAAACCUCUGGUGGCCACACCAUCUGCUCCCCCACAGGGGGUUGAACCCACAACCAGUGCUGCAGAGGCCUCCUUUGACUACUACAAUGUCUCAGAUGACGAUGAACUCGAGGAGGGGGGGAGUAAAAGUCGAGGAGAGGAUGAAAAAACUGGAGGAGGUGUUGUUGGGAUGGGAGGAGGUGGAGCAGGGACCAUGCAGUGGCUGUUGGAGAGAGAGAAGGAGAGGGACCUACAGAGGAGGUUUGAAAGAACCCUCACCUUCCCUGGUGCUAAAGAGAACCUUCCAGAGCCCAGUCAGAACCAGCAGUCAGCCCACUCUGCUAGACUGGACAGUAUGGACUCCAGCUCUGUCACUGUAGACAGUGGAUUCAACUCACCACGAACAAGGGAGAGCCUAGCGUCAAACACUUCUUCCAUAGUGGAGAGUAACCGUCGGCAGAACCUGGCACUGAGCCCCGGCCACCUCGGCAUCACUACAGGCAACGGCCCCCCCUUCUCCUUCCGCGCCAUCCCAGAACCUGCCGGCACCCAACCGGAGAAACUCCAGAAGCCCAGCGCUUGCCUUGCGUCAAUCACCAGCGUUUAGGGGCAGAACUAAGGGCUGGGUGGAGCGCCGAGAGCCAAUGGAGUGAGGCCAGAAAAUAAAAGUCCCACCCCUAAGGACUGUUACAUCUUUAGACUGACUGAAUCAGUGGAGCUGCCACAGGCCCACUGUGGAACUAUAGCUAUUAAAACACACACACACACACACACACACACACCCCUACACACACACUUGGACAGAUACAAACAGCGAAAUUUAGACUACCAGGAAACUGCUCUCUCUCACACAUACACACACAUAUACACACCAGGCCACUGGGCAGACUCUGACCAUGUCAUUCUACAGCCUCUAGUUUACACACUGCUGUUGUGUUGUUUCACUUUCACGUGGGUUUUAGUGCGUGUGCAGUGUGUGUGUGUGUGUGUGUGUGUGUGUGUGUGUGUGUGUGUGUGUGUGUGUGGGUGGGUGUAUGUUUGUAUAAUCUGUAAUCUCAGGUCAUGUUAUUUCCACUCCCAUUCCAGCUGCUCCAGAUCAGCGCAUCUCCCUCUGGUGGUGUCUCCUGGUAUUACACACUGAAGAGAUGCAGCUCUGCUGACUACUGUUACUGAUGGUACACACACUCUCACUGAUCCAGCUCCUACUCACUUUGUCUCUGUUAGUGUCUCUGUUCUAAAUUCACCACAGGCAGACUAGUUGUAAGGUGCAGUGCCACAAGAAGUGACUAUGAUAAUUAAUACCCUUGACCAUCACUCCAAAAUGCAUCAACAAUGUGAGGGGGUCAGACAGUCGAAUGAGUGACCUGUAAGCAGGACUGUUUCACUGUAACACUCUCUGUAGAAUGAAGCUGAGCAGUUGUUGUAUCUGUUGGAUGCCAUGAUGCCCAUUUAAAAAUGCCUUAACACUUUAGCUCCAGGGAUGAUGACAGGGGUUUUUAAUUACAGACUGUUCAGGCUGUCAUGGUGACAGAUCUUCUC